AAAGUAUGUUGAUAGAUUGCUGACGGAACGAUUUUUAAUAAAUAAUUAUAAAAAGUAUUUCUUGAUUUAAUGCAGAACGUUGAAAUUAAAACAAUAAGUAUAAGUUAGUGAUAUACGCAAAAAGCUGCAAAGAUGUUAGUACGGAGGCUAACCAGAUCCUUGUGGAGCACAGCAGUAAGAGUUGAAAAAAGGUUUCUUGCCUCCGAGCCGUUGAAACCUCAACCUGAAGAGAAGGAGGGUGUUGAUCCAGUCCAGUUGGAAGCUUUAGACAAAGACAUUUGCCUGUUAGUAGAUGAGAAAGACAACUUCCUUGGUACAGCCACUAAGAGAGAAUGCCAUAAAGUAGGAGAUGAUGGCAAGAUAUUACUCCAUAGAGCAUUCAGUGUGUUUUUAUUCAACAAGAGAGGAGACAUGCUUCUGCAAAGGAGAGCUAGUCAAAAAGUAACAUACCCAGACUACUACACAAAUGCAUGUUGCAGCCAUCCACUUUACAUAGAUGAUAAGGCUGAAGAUGUCAUUACGGCAGCUAGACGAAGGCUCAACUACGAACUGGGCAUUCCUUUAGACCAGAUGGACCCAGAGUUGUUCACGUACAUGACGCGCGUGCACUACCACGACCCCGGCGACGGCGUGUGGGGAGAGCAUGAGAUCGACCACAUCCUCUUCUUCCAGAGCGACGUCAAGGUCAAACCCAACUCCAAUGAGAUAUCAGAGUAUUGCUUCGUACCCAAAGCUGAGUUUAACGCGUUCAUACCAACUCUGGAAGGUCCAAUCACACCUUGGUUCAACAUGAUUCGUCGUCACAGACUGAAGCUCUGGUGGGACAACCUGCACCGUCUGAAGGAACUCGCCGAGCCUGACAAGAUACAGAAGUUUAUGAACGAAACUAAAUAACUCAACACAUCGCCUUCCCCACAUUAGUAGCAUAGACAAUCGAUUUUAUUAUUAUUGGUUUUAUUUAUGACAGGACAGUGGUAAAAUUGUUUUUUUUUAAUUAAGAAAAUAGUUUCAUAUAUAAUUGCCUAGGUUUCUUUUGUUUGUAAUUUAGUUAGUAUUGUUACUACCUCUGGCCAAAUAAUAAUGGAAUGCUUUUAUUUUACGUAGAAGUCGGAAUAACAAACGAUUAUAAUAAUUUUGCUUUACUUUCUUUUAUUUACACACGAUGUAAAGUUGUACAUAGUCGAUACAUAAUAACGACGGGUGCUUGUAAAAUUUAGGCAAAGAGGAGAUAUAAGAGAUAGUAAUUACCUAUAAAGGUGAACACAUUACGCCCUGUAUUAUUUCUAUGAAUGCAUCAAUAAAUAUAUUUGUUAUUGA